UAGCGUAGCGUAUCUUUUUCUCUAUAUAAUAGGAAAUAGGUUAACAUUCGUGUUAUUUUACUGCAUAUUCUUUUUUUCACUUAAAUGUAAAUAUUUUGUGCUAAAAUGUGUGCUGUGUUGUUGUGAUUAAAGCCGCGUAGAAUGUUAUAGCGACUCACGUUGACAAGGUAUCGAAGUCACUAGCUAUGGAAUUCGGACACCCGCCGCCGAAUAUGGGGAUGCCACCACCCGGCAUGGGUGGCCCAAUGGGUCCUCCAAUGGGUCCUCCAAUGGGUCCUCCAAUGGGUCCGCCAAUGGGUCCACCUGGGCGGAACAACAUGCGCCAUAACUUUAGACCUUUCAACUACCAGAUGCGCUUCCCGCCUCAAGGUCCCCUGAACAUGACUCAAGAUGAUUUCGAUGGUAAACGUUUGCGUAAAUCUGUUAUGCGAAAAACCGUAGACUAUAACGCUGCCAUUAUUAAAGCUUUAGAGUGUCGCGUUUGGCAGAGGGAUUGGCGGGACAGGCACGCUCUCCAGCCCGACGCUAUGUACACUCCCGAUCUGUUGCCGCCUCCCUCAUACCCUGAUAACCCUAUUAACGCGGUCACCACACGUUUCGUCAAAACUGCCACUAAUAAAAUGAGAUGUCCCAUUUUCGCCGUUGCUUGGACACCGGAAGGUCGAAGGUUAAUAACAGGGGCGUCGUCUGGAGAAUUUACGUUGUGGAACGGUUUAACAUUUAACUUUGAAACCAUUUUACAGGCACAUGAUUCACCAGUCCGGUCAAUGGUGUGGUCACAUGGGGAGGGCUGGAUGGUGACUGGUGACCAUUCUGGGUUUAUAAAAUACUGGCAGAGUAACAUGAACAACGUAAAAAUGUACCAAGCCCACAAAGAAGCUGUUAGGGGUAUUAGCUUUAGUCCCAGUGACUCUAAAAUUGUUACAUGUUCCGAUGAUGGAACUUUGCGUAUAUUCGACUUCUAUAGAUGUCAAGAAGAAAGAAUAUUGAGAGGACAUGGUGCAGAUGUCAAGUGUGUACAGUGGCAUCCUACUAAGGCACUUAUUGUGUCAGGCAGCAAAGAUAACCAGCAACCAAUAAAGUUAUGGGAUCCUAAAUCGGGGACUGCUCUCUCAACACUGCAUGCUCAUAAGUCAACUGUCAUGGAUCUCAAAUGGAAUGACAAUGGAAAUUGGUUAAUAACAGCAUCUAGAGACCAUUUGCUCAAAUUAUUUGACAUUCGUAAACUAGGAACUGAAUUACAAAUAUUUAGGGGCCACAAGAAAGAAGCCUCAAGUGUAGCGUGGCACCCGACUCAUGAGGGCUUAUUUUGCUCUGGCGGCUCUGAUGGUGCUAUCCUAUUCUGGAAUGUUGGAACUGAUAAGGAAGUUGGAUGCAUUGAAGGUGCUCAUGAAUCUAUAGUAUGGACAAUGGCAUGGCAUCCGUUAGGUCAUAUUCUAUGUUCAGGGUCUAAUGAUCACACAUGUAAAUUUUGGACAAGAAACCGGCCAGGAGAUCUAAUGAGAGACAAGUACAACCUCAACACUUUGCCGCCUGGUGUCCAAGAUGACCAUGACUUAGAAGAGCCAGCUAUCAUCCCUGGGAUGGGUCCAGAAGAUAAAGUAGAAAUAUUUUCUACUGAUAAAGAUGCAGACAAAGUUAUACCUGGUCUUGAUUUAGAUACAACAUUGAUACCAAUGGACUUUGAGAAGAAAGUAAAGAAAGUUCCUUACAGUAAACCCAUUCCCAGAAACUUCCAAGCCCAGUGGAAUCAUGGUCCUACUGCUGAUGAUGCAACAACAGAAGCCUUGACACAAGCAUUAGUGGAAUCAGUUCCUGGGGCAGUACCGCUGACCCAAAUUACUCCAACAGCAAUAUUCAUUUAUGGAAAACUUAUUACUGUAGAUCCUGGCUCAAAACUAGAAAAAGCCAUUUCAGAAGGCCCUGUAGCUCUUAAAAAGUAUAUAGCCACAGGAGAAAUAGAAGAACUGCAUGAUGUCAUGCCACAUCUAGAAGAAGAUGUAGAUGAAGAUACCUAUAAUCAACCCUUCGAAUAUCCUGCUGCUGAUCGCAACCAUGACGGCCCUGAGAACGAUGAUGAGGAAAUGGAAGAUCCAUUUGCACAUGAGCAUUAUGAUGAUAGCAACAUGGAUGAUAUGGGGGAGCAACCAGAUCAAGACUUCAACCAGCCUAACAUGAAUAAUAUGAGACCAAUGGGUAAUAUGCCUCCGAUGGGUAAUAUGAUGGGACCACCAAUGCCAAUGGGUAAUAUGGGCCCAAUGGGUGGUCCACCUAUGAAUAAUAUGCCACCUCACAUGGCAGGAAUGCCACCACCCAUGGGCAAUAUGCCACCUAUGGGUAAUAUGCCACCAAUGGGAAAUAUGCCACCAAUGGGUAACAUGCCUCCCAUGGGCAACAUGCCGCCAAUGGGCAACAUGCCACCGAUGGGGCCGCCGUCUAUGGGCAAUAUGAAUAUGCCUCCUCCUAGACCACCUUUCACCGACAACGGAUUUAACAAUAAAGGUCAUUUUGAGCCCGGUUUCGAUAACCAGUACCAACAAGAUAAUGAAGAGUAUAAUAACGACGAAGAUCAGUCAUACCAAGAUCAAAAUAAUUAUGAGGACGAAUCGUAUAAUGAUGACGGCGACGACUAUUCGCGAAAUCAGAGAUGGGGCAGCGGAGGGUAUAGAGGUAGGAACCAGGAUAGAGGGAGAGGGCAGGAUAGAGGCAGAGGUCGCGGCAUGAACGGACACGGCGGGCGCGGCAACAGGCGUGGCCAGCGCGGGUCACCGUGGCGCGGCCGCGGCGGCGGCCCCAACCGCGCUUUCCGACGCGGCGGCAAGUCUGUGCCCAACUAGUAUUCCGACCUCUACCAUUGGUCGCGCCCUGACUAAGCAAUAACUUUUAAGUUGAGACAUUGAGUGUAAGUGUAAAGACGAUUAUUAAGUGAUGAAGUUGCGAAUGGUUGUAUAUAAGUUUGUUUCCA